AUGGUGCGGGCAUUAGAGGACAGAAAGUGCGAUUUGAUUGCAGCCCUAGAGUCACGCACUUCAAGUUCAAAAACGAAAAAUGCGGCGCUGAAGGCUUUGAAGAAGUUUACUCCAAUGCCACACAAGGACCUGGAUGAGGAAUUCGACCAAAGGCAGUGCAACAUGAAGAAAUACGUGCAAAUGCAAUACUUUAUGUGCUGGAGAUGUGACAAGGCGAAGGCCACAAACUGUAAAGUCCUGUGGAGCACUUCAAAAGGACUGAAGAUCGUAUGCCCCGCUUGCUACAAUGCCUUGCUAGACUUUGUUGAGUUGCAGCGUGCAAAGAGGGAAAAUGCAAUUUAUUUUGACUUCCAGAAAAAAAAAUCGCAAAAAGGCGAUGCGAAAUAG